AUGGAAAACAGCGCGCCGCCGGUGAUCAUCGUUGGGGCGGGGCCGUCGGGGCUGGCGGCGUCGGCCUGCCUGGCGCGGCGCGGGGUGGAUAGCAUCGUACUGGAGCGGGAUGACUGCGUCGGCUCGCUAUGGCAGAAGCGCGCCUACGAUCGUCUCCACCUGCACCUCCCCAAGCAAGCAAGCGCGCUCCCCCACCUGCAGCACGCCGACGACGCGCCGGCCUACCUCCCCCGCGACCACUUCGUCCGCUACCUCGACGCCUACGCCGACCGCUUCGCCGUGCGCGCGCGCCUCCGCCUCCGCCGCGAGGUCCGAUCCGCGCGCUUCAUUGUGGACGAAGGCCGAUGGGAGGUUGACGCCGUCCACCUCGGCACCGGCGACACGGAGCAGUACGUGGCGAGGUACCUGGUGGUGGCCACGGGGGAGUUCGACGAGAAGGUCUUCCCCGUGGUGCCCGGGCUGGACACGUUCCCUGGCGAGGCCAUCCACGCCAGCGAGUACCGGUCCGCCGAGGGGAUGCGGGGAAAGGAGGUGCUCGUCGUCAGCUGCGGCAACUCCGGAAUGGAGAUCGCCCUGGACCUCGCCCAGGCCGGCGCCGCGGCCUCCAUCGUCGUCCGCGGCGAGCUCCACCUCAUGACGAGGGAGAUCAUGAACGCGUCCACGGCGCUGUUCGCCUACCUGCCCGUCUGGAUGAUCGACCGGCUGGCGGUGUUCGCAUGCCGCGUCGUCUUCGGCGACACGGCCAGGCACGGCCUCCGGCGGCCCGACGUAGGGCCCUUCACCAGAAAGAUCCAGAGCAACGUCUACCCAGUCAUCGACGUCGGCACCUAUGACAAGAUCAAGAGCGGCCAGAUCCAGGUGCUGCCGGUGAUGACGAACAUCGAAGGGGACGUGGUGGAGUUCUCCGGCGGGGAGCGGCGCCGCUUCGACGCCAUCGUCUUAGCCACCGGGUACCGCAGCAUGGCAAAGAAGUGGCUCAAGGUUCGAUCGAUAACUCAUGCCAAGAAUCAAUCAACCCAUAUAUGUAUUAUAUUUGUGUUGCCAACUUCUCAGCUUGCUAAUGCUAGCUCGAGAAAUGGAACUGAAGCUGAAUCGUCGGAAUGCUGCCUGGUUUGGUUUCAGAGCGACGACGGCGGGCUGAUCGGUGACGACGGGAUGGCGUCCGGGAGAUCUCCCAAGGGGGGGAACGGGCUGUACCAUGCGGGGCUGGCAGGGAGAGGGAUCUACGGCAGCGGCACAGGCGGGGAGUUCAUCGCGGAGGACAUUAGCAGGCUGCUCCGGCAGGGCUCCGGCGACGACGACGGCGAUGGGGUCUAG